AUGGUUCUCCAGGCUCAUGACACUAACCCAUUUAGUACUGUUGAUUCAGUUGAUGCAAUUCUUGCAAAAGAGGAUGGUAAAAUUGAGCGUGGUAGAACAUCUAGUUGUAUUCAUGGAGUUCGUCAAAGAUGUUCUAAUUGCCUACCAAUAGAUCCAUAUGAUCCAGAAUACCUUAAAGAAAAAGAAAUAAAACAUAUGUCUCUUCAUUCAUAUAUUAGAAAGUUAACCGAUGGUGGUGGAAGAUCAACGAAAUCAUUAAAGGUUUUAGAAGAAAUUAAUUGUAAACUUAAUAUUGAUUGUGAUGCUGGGCAUAAACCAUAUCCAAAAGUUUAUAGGCAUGUUGAUAACAUAUCUAUCGAAAAUGAUUAUGUUGCCAAUCAAUUUCUUAAUUUCUGGAGGAAAAGUGGUAUUCAACGCGUAGGAUAUCUUAUUGGUGUUUAUGAACCUUUUUCAGAAGUUCCAUUAGGCAUUAAAGCUCGCGUUUGUGCCAUUUAUGAACCUCCACAACAUGGAACACCUGAAUCAGUUGAAUUUGAUGAUGAUAUUCAUGAGCAUGAGGUUAAUGAAUUAUGUAAGAUGUUAAAUUUAAAGAAAAUUGGAUGGAUUGUAACGGAUUUAUGGUCUAAAAAUCCAACUGAUGGUACUGUUCAUUGUAUAAGACAUCCAGAAUCAUUUUUAGUAUCCGCUGAAGAAUGUAUUACAGCCGGUUACUUACAAUCAAAGCAUAAAAAUAAAUCUGAUUAUAGUACAAGUGGUUAUUUUGGAUCAAAGUUUGUCACACUUAUUGUUUCUGGUGAUCAAACAAAUCAAAUUCAUUUUUCUGGUUAUCAAGUUUCAGAACAAUGUACAGCAUUAGUUGAAGCUAAUAUACUUUGUCCUACAUCUCAUCCUGAAUUGGCUUACAUUAGAGAUAAACCUCUUACUGAGACUCAUUUUAUAACAGAAGUUCAAUUUGUUCAAAAAAAUGAAUAUGGAGCAGAGGUUCACAAAGAUGGUAGACCACUUCCAGUUGAGUUUUUACUUGUUGAUGUACCAGCAGGUAUGCCAAAGAAUCCUGAAUACACAUUUCAUGUUCCAAAAGAUGGACAAUUAGAUUUUCCAAUUGAAAAUCGUAUUGUUAUUGGUGAGACUUAUGAUUUAUCUCAAAUAGCAAACAUAAUUAAUUCCUAUGGAGAGGAUAAAUAUCUUGAAUUAUGUACGAAUUUUCAUUUUUUAAUAUUUUUAAUGACUAAUGAUAUCCUUAAACUUUCAAUGGACGAAAUGAAAGAAAUUUGUUCAUAUGUUACUAAACAAGACAGAGAAGGAAUUAAAAAUUUUUGUAAUAAUAAUGCUAGUUUUAAAACAUUAAUUGAGUUAUGCUCUCAAGCUCAAGUUAGAGGACCCUCUCCAAAUCAAUCUAAUUCAAAUAGUGGUUCUGGUUCUGUAAGUGUAUGGAGUUGCCAAUAUUGUACAUAUGAAAACACUGGUAAUUCUAAUGAUUGUGCAAUCUGUGGCUUACCACGUUAG